AUGGAAUCAAGUAGGAUGAUUUGGCUACCAAUUUUUCUACUGCUCUUGGUGGAUAACUGUGGACUGGUGAUGUCAGCAUCUGACUACUUAAUCGGGCUGGGAAGCUAUGAUAUCACAGGGCCAGCAGCUGAUGUCAACAUGAUGGGUUAUGCUAACACGGACCAGAUUGCAUCCGGUGUUCACUUCAGGUUGCGAGCACGGACCUUCAUUGUUGCUGAAAGACAACAAGGAAACAGGGUCGUUUUCGUAAAUUUGGAUGCUUGUAUGGCUUCACAGCUUGUGACGAUAAAAGUCCUCGAGAGAUUGAAAGCAAGGUAUGGAAAUCUCUACACUGAAAGUAAUGUUGCUAUUAGUGGCAUUCAUACGCAUGCUGGUCCGGGAGGUUACCUUCAAUACAUUGUGUACAUUGUAACGUCCCUUGGUUUUGUUCGCCAAUCUUUUGAUGCUCUUGUUGAUGGUAUCGAGCAGAGCAUAGUACAAGCUCAUGAUAAUCUCCGACCAGGAUCGAUAUAUGUGAAGACAGGGGAGCUUUUGGAUGCUGGUGUUAAUCGCAGCCCAAGUGCUUAUCUUAAUAAUCCAUCUGCCGAACGAAGUAAAUAUAAGUAUGAUGUUGAUAAAGAUAUGACCCUGCUGAAGUUCGUCGAUGAUGAAUGGGGCCCAAUAGGCAGCUUCAAUUGGUUUGCUACGCACGGGACUUCUAUGAGCCGUACGAAUUCAUUGGUAAGUGGAGAUAAUAAAGGAGCUGCGGCUCGAUUUAUGGAAGACUGGUUUGAUAAGAAUCAUGGUGGAUUUGGAAGCAUUUCAUUCAACAAAUCCAAACUUAAUGAAAUCCCAAGAAGAGUCUCGAACAUAAUACCAGUCGUUAAAGACAAUUAUAACAAGUUACUCGAACGUGCUGCUUCUUUUAAGUCAUCAUCGGGAAAAUCAACCACUAAGUUUAUAAGCCUUGAAGCACGUGUAAGAAGUGCCAACCAGCAGGCUAAUACUAGGCCAAGAUUUGUAUCAGCAUUUUGUCAAACAAACUGUGGCGAUGUGAGUCCGAAUGUGCUCGGUGCCUUCUGUUUAGACACGGGCUUACCUUGUGACUUCAAUCAUAGCACGUGUGGGGGAAAGAAUGAGUUAUGCUAUGGCCGAGGACCUGGGUACCCCGAUGAAUUCGAAAGUACACGUAUUAUAGGAGAAAGACAAUUCAGGAAAGCAGUGGAACUUUUCAAUGGAGCCUCUGAAAAGUUGGAUGGAAAGAUCGAUUUUCGCCAUACAUUUGUUGAUUUUUCUAAGCUCAAUGUCUCGAAAGGAAGCGAGGUUGUAAAAACUUGUCCUGCGGCAAUGGGGUUUGCUUUUGCUGCUGGCACGACUGAUGGGCCCGGGGCUUUCGAUUUCAAGCAGGGAGAUGAUAAAGGUAAUCCAUUUUGGAAACUCGUUCGCAACUUGCUUAAAACUCCGGAUAAAGAACAAGUGGAAUGUCAAAAUCCUAAGCCUAUUCUGCUUGAUACUGGCGAAAUGAAACAACCUUAUGAUUGGGCGCCUUCUAUACUUCCACUUCAGAUUCUGAGGAUAGGGCAACUGGUCAUUCUUAGUGUGCCUGGAGAAUUUACCACAAUGGCUGGAAGAAGACUGAGAAAUGCUGUGAAAGAAGCUUUAAUUAGUGGAGAUAGCAAAAUGUUCGGUAGCAAUGUUCGUGUAGUCAUAGCUGGCUUGACAAAUACUUAUUCGCAGUACGUGACAACUUUCGAAGAGUAUCAAAUUCAGAGAUAUGAGGGCGCCUCCACACUGUACGGGCCCCACACUCUGAGCGGCUACAUUCAGGAGUUUGAGAAGCUCGCAUCAGCGCUCGUCAGCGGGAAGCCAGUCGAGCGGGGCCCACAACCCCCCGAUCUCUUGGACAAGCAGAUCAGCCUUCUGACACCUGUCGUGGUGGACGCGACGCCGCCUGGCGUGAAAUUCGGUGACGUCAGCUCAGACGUGCCCGAAAAUUCCACCUUCACGAGAGGUAAUGAUAAUGUAACUGUCAUUUUCUGGUCAGCCUGCCCGAGGAACGAUCUCUUGACCGAAGGCACGUUUGCAUUGGUGGAGAUGCUUAAAGAGAAGGACACUUGGCUGCCCGUUUAUGAUGACGAUGAUUUUUGCCUUCGGUUUAAAUGGUCGAGACCUUCGAAACUUAGUCCACAGAGCCAUGCAGCCAUCGAGUGGUUAAUACCAAAAGAAGCUGAGCCGGGUGUUUACAGAAUUACGCAUUUCGGCGCUGCUAAGAGUAUUCUGGGUUCGAUCGAGCGUUUUAAAGGCUCGUCCAGUGCUUUUGUGGUGGCAUGA